UCUCGCUGAUGCGGUCGCGCUGAGGCCGAUGCGGGCGCCGCCAUGCCGCGCUGCCUCAUGGCCAAGAAGUGGAAGGCGGCUCAGGCAACCGAGCUGGCCGACGAGUCCGACGAGGAGAUCGACGUGGUCGGCGAGGGGCGCGGCCGGAGCCCCGCGCCCGCCGCCACCGCGCCGGGGCCCUCACCUCGCGAUCCCGAGCCAACUCUCCUCUACAAUGGCUAUACCGAGGAGCAGCCUUCCACGCAAUUCACCGCACAACUGCCGAACGAGGUGAGCCCGGCUCCAUCCGGCCCCUCUCAGCCGGCGCCUCAGCCUCUGUCCUACGCACUUCUGCACCUCUCCGCCUCCGACUCGACAGAACAGCCUUUUCUCCAAGUACAGCUCCAAUCUUCGCCUGUCUCCCCUCCUCCGCCACCGGCGAGCGGCAAAUCUAACUCCAUGUGCUACUCCAGCUCGGGCACCCUUCUGUCUCUACCGCCAAAGAAGAAAGACAUCUAUCGCCCCUACUGUCUCGGCGACCGCGCGUACCUCCAUCGGGCCGAAGAGGAUCUCAAUGCGGCUCACGCAAUUCUCGACUUAAGUCAACAUGCAGUUUUCCUGACAACACCGCCGCGCACCGACCCUGCACCCCCGGAACCACCACCACCUCCACCCGAACCUCCCCAGGAGCAGACAACAGAGCGUCCAAGAGAAACAGUCGCCUACACUUAUGACGCCUUUUUUGUUAGCGAUGGUCGUUCGAAGCGCAAAAAUUAUGCAAACGCCCCCGUUGAGAGCGCCCAACAGCCUGAACCAAAAUCGAAGUAUACGUGUAGCGAGUGCGGUAAACGAUAUGCAACCUCUUCAAACCUUUCACGGCACAAACAAACUCAUCGUAGCCUCGAUUCCGUCGCCGCAAAGCGUUGUGGAGAAUGCGGUAAGGCUUACGUAUCGAUGCCGGCGCUUGCCAUGCACGUGCUCACGCACCAGCUCUCACACGUGUGUGGCGUUUGCGGUAAGUUGUUCUCUCGGCCUUGGUUGCUACAAGGUCACCUCCGCUCUCACACUGGCGAAAAACCAUAUGGAUGCGCACACUGUGGAAAAGCAUUCGCUGAUCGGUCUAACUUGCGCGCGCACAUGCAGACGCACUCCGCUGAUAAAAACUUCGAAUGCCUACGUUGUCAUAAGACUUUCGCCCUAAAGAGCUACCUCAAUAAACACCAAGAAUCGGCGUGUGUGCGCGACGACGAUUCACCACCACCACCAGAAACCCCUGCCUCCGCAUCCGGUUAAACGCGCAACAGAACCGAAAGCAACCAGGGACCGUAAUCACUGUUGUAGACGCGCACGACUUGUAGCGGAAAGAAACAUCUGCUGACCAUGUCGUGCCGCAAUCGAGCAACGUUUCGCAAACAACGAAUCACGUACGACCCCGUAGCGCCGCAGACGCGGCAAUAGGCCGUAGCGAUAAACGUCCUAAUAACGUUAAACAUUGAAUUAUGUAUAUACAUGUCGAUAAAAUAUACCCUUAUAUACAUAGAAGUAAUGAAAUACGAAUGAAACUAAUAUCUUUUGUAGGUGAUUUUUACAAACCGCGAAGUAGGUUAGAGUAUUAGGGUGUAAGUUAAAAUGGAGUCGCGAGAGCCAAGCGCCGAGUUCGUCAGUGGACGAAGGCGGAGCGCCCGUGCGCGCCGCGUCGUCCGUCUCGGUGAGGAACUUGCCAAAACUUUCCGUCCGAAGCUCCGCACAAUCCGUCGCGCAGCUAGGGCCGCCCGCCGCCGCCCGCGACAGUGCCUUAGCGGCGACCACGCGCCCAACGCGCCGCACCGUCCCACACCCGCACCCACUUUACCUCCUUAUCCUUUAGCACGCAAUCCCCCUUACGUGCAAUAUAUAUAUAUAUAUAUAUAUGCCUAUAGCCUUACUUUAUCGUAUUUAUUUUUCAUACACUUAUGUUAAAAAAUAUAUAAUAAUUACGGACAAAUUCACA